AGUGCAGACAUGGCGGAGUACAGCGGCUCCGGCCUCCUCGCCGCUCUGCUCCUCUUCUCGGCCCUCACCCUCCGGGACGUUUAUCUGGGCAGGUCGAGUACGCACCGUGAACCCCAGACUCCGGGCUCCGGCCCCCAGGCCCCGGGCCCCGGCUUCGCCCCGGACACAAGGGCCGAGGAGUCCGCGCAUUCCUCUCUUCACCGCGGGCCCGUCCUCAAGUUCCAGUACUGUAUUUCCUGAGGGUACAGCAAGGUGUUCCAGGACUACUCUCAGGCCAUCAGCCAGGUGUACCCGGACAUUCGCAUCGAGGGAGAUAAUUACCCACCCACCCCCCUCAACAGGUGUGUGGGUAAUCUGAUCUCUUACCUGAAGCUGCUCUCCAUCCUGUUGAUCGUGAGUGGUCAGAAUCCCUUCAUCCUCCUUGGCCUCAACACUCCCAGAGCCUGGACCUGGAGUCAGGACAACAAGAUUUUUUCCUGCCUGAUGGCAUUCUUCCUCUGUAACAUGAUGGAGACUCACUUCAUGUCCACGGGAGCCUUCGAGGUCACUCUGAACGAUGUCCCAGUGUGGUCCAAGCUGCAGUCUGGUUAUGUCCCAAACAUCCAGGAGAUGUUUCAGAUCCUCGACAGCCACCUGAAGAACCAGGUGGAUCACAUGACCUUCUCCUCCACUUAGAGCUGCACACACAGCUGGGUUACAGCCACAGAGAACCCAGCAGGACCCAGUAGAACUGACGAAGGGCUGAGGACUUCCUGGUUGACUAAUGUCAUGUGACCUGUCUCUCUGCAGCCGUGCUGUGUUCAGGUGUCCCGGCUCAGUGGGAUGUUCAGCCGCUGGCAUUCAUGAAGGUCCGGCCUUAAAGCAGUCUCUGCGGGGCCUGGCCGGAUGUCCCCUGCCACAAAACGAGCGCUCCCUCUGCAUCGGGUCACUUCUCAGCACUACACUACCCAUAAAGCACAGCUGCUGACGGGUUGAAGACUUUACUGGACUCUUCUGUAGAGCUUUGUGCUAAUGCUAAUGUUUCUCUGUCUGGACAGGAACUAGAACAAAGGAUGUGUUGAAUAAUUAUGUCUGGUUUAAACCGUGUGCUGGGCCUUUAUUUAUUGUGCAAACUGAAACUAUCCAAUCUUUGCAGCCAGAAUGUUUAAGGGUAAAAUUGCAAGAUAUCUUUGUGAAAACAGGAGAACAUUAAAACAACCAAACUGUUGAAAA